UCUCCUAACAUCUGCUUGAAGUGAGACGUUUCUCCUCAGGACCGCCCAACCGUGCCUGCAUGUCCGAGCUGAGCCGCGCGAGGGCGCUCAUCCGCAACCUGACCCAGGAGAACGAGCGACUGCGCAUGCGGCUGAUGGACGCACCGGCCGCCUCGCACAUGCGCGGAGGGGAGCUGGAGGCGGACAUCGACAACCGGCCGGGCGGCACCGUGGCCAGGACGGAGAACUGGGCCAUGCGGCUUCGCGGCGGGAUGGCGCCGAACCGCGGGCGGGUGGAGCUGAAGGUUGAAGGCGGGAACUGGGGCAUCAUCUGCGACGACGAGUGGGACAAGCUGGCCGCCGAUGUCGUCUGCAGGCAGCUCGGAUACAGGAACGGUGCCAAAAUGGCGACCAAGAACUCCAGAUUCGGCGACGGACGGCGGGACUUCAUCCUGGAUGACGUCACCUGCACUGGGAGCGAGGCCACCCUGACGGACUGCGAGCACCGCGGCUGGUGGGAGCACGACUGCGACCGGAACGAGGUGGCCGGGGUCGUCUGUCUGGUCAACGAGGUUGCGAUGGAGCUGUCCCACCGGGAGUGUUAUGUGGAGCAGGGUGAGACGUACCGCGGCACCGCCAGCACCACCCUUUCCGGCAGGACCUGCAUCAACUGGAGCGAGGCCACCAACAUGCGGUACAGCACUAUGCGGUACCCUGACGGAGAGUUCGGGCUGGGCGAUCACAACUACUGCCGCAACCCUGACCAGGACAGACAGCCCUGGUGCUACGUCAACAUGGAGCAAGGCUUCGACUACUGCGAGAUCCCCAAAUGCGACGUGGAGUGUUUUACCGAGGACGGCGCCACGUACCGCGGGGAGCAGAGCGUGGACCGGGACGGGAGCGACUGUCUGUGGUGGGACGACGAGAGGCCCGGCAUGGACAUCAACGUCUACAGCUAUCCCAAUGGAAAGGGCGGCAUAGGCGAGCACAACUUCUGCCGGAACCCCAACGGAGCCCUGGGGCCGUGGUGCUACGUCAAGCCGACCCGCGACAGUCCCGUGGUGGCCUCGGCCUGCGGGAUCCCGUCCUGCGACUCCACGGGCCCAGAUGGCUCAGACUGCUACAACACCGAGGACGGCGGACGCAGCUACAGGGGCACGGUGAAGGAUACCGCAGACGGGAUGGAGUGUCAGCGAUGGGACGAGCAGACUCCACACGAACACCAGAACACACCGGAAAUCAAGCCGGACGCAGGUUUGGAGAAGAACUACUGCAGGAACCCGUCACCAGACGGAGCCCAGCUGUUCCGUCCCUGGUGCUACACUACAGACCCCCAGCAGCGCUGGGCGUACUGCAACGUGCAGGAGUGUGAAGGUACAACAGAAGAGGCCGAAUGCCCAGAGGGACAAUUCAAGUGCAAGUCUACUUCAAACUGCUUCCCGAAUGAGUUCCAGUGUGACGGAGACAACGACUGUGAGGACGGUACUGAUGAGGAGGAGUGUGGAGGGUUCCUUGGAGAGUACCGGAUCUACCGCAAGGCGGCGCUAGUGCUAGAGGAGGAUGAGUACCUGGCGGGCUACACUAACGUGGACCCGGAGACCUGCAUGCAGAUCUGCUCAGAGACAACCGACUUCGUCUGCAAGGCGUUCGACUACAACAAGCAGAAGAGGGAGUGCGAUCUGACACACAAGAACCAGCUGACCACAGGAGGAUUGCUGAGCGGACUGGGCUACGAGAACGUGGAUCACUACGAGCGUGUGGACCAGUCAACCCAGGACUGCUCGGAGCUGCCCGGCGGGCCGUUCACACAGUGUCCCAACGGUAAAUGCAUCCCGGAGGCGUUCCAGUGCGACGGGGACAACGACUGUGGAGACUUCUCGGAUGAGGAAAAUUGCGAAAAUGCGGCGCCCUUUGAAGUGCGGCUGCGCGGGGGCGAGCGCGAGGGUCAAGGUCGCGUGGAGGUCAAGUACAUGGGAGAAUGGGGAGCCGUGUGCGACGACUCGUGGGGCAUGAAGGACGCCGAUGUCGUCUGCAAGCAGCUGGGAUAUCCUCUAGGAGCGCAGGAGGUGCACGGCGGGUCGUCGUUCGGCGGCAGCCGGCUGGACUUCCUGCUGGACGAGCUGGACUGCACGGGGCUGGAGUCCACCCUGGAGGACUGCGGGCACGAGCCGUGGGGGCAGCACGACUGCUCGCCCACUGAGGCUGCAGGAGUCACCUGUAAAGUACAGGAAGGCUGCCUGGCUGAUGAGUACACCUGCGCUGACGAGGAGCAGUGCAUCCCGCACGCUUACGUGUGUGACGGGGACCUGGACUGUGGGGACGAGAGCGACGAGAAACAGUGCGAUUGCUACAAGGGGAAAGGCGUGAACUACCAGGGCCGGCACCAUACCACCGUGCUGGGGGAGCCGUGCCUGUACUGGAACGCCACACUGGACCGGAACUACAACACGCGGGACUACCCGGGCGGGGAGUACCGCCUGGGCCCGCACAACUACUGCCGCAACCCCGACAGAGACGAGAAGCCCUGGUGCUACAUAGAGGUGGACGAGGACGGCCGCAACUGGCGCAGCUGCGACAUCUCGAAGUGCACAGAUGUUCCUCCGAAGUGGCGAGCAGAUUACCAGUGCGGAGAGGGCUACCCCGCGCCGGACGGUAACCCUGCAGAAUGCAACUCUGACGGUAUUUACCCGUGCUGCUCUCCGCACAACUGGUGCGGCAACACCCCAGACCACUGCGACUGUCCGGACUGUGUUGACUACAGGGGCACAGAUUUGCCGGACCCAGAGCCCGAAGAGCCCGACCAGCCAGAGGAGCCCGAGCCCGUGGACCCCGUGCCCGUGGACCCCGUGCCGGGUGGUUCGGGCGGCUCCUGCGGGGUGAAGCCCGAGGUCCCCGCGAGUGCACCGGCGACAGGUCCCGUCAUGUUCGAGCGGAUUGUCGGAGGCUCCACGGCUCUGAAGGGAGAAUACCCCUGGCAGGUGGCGCUGCGUGUCAAAGGUCGCGGACACCACUGCGGAGGAACCCUGAUCGACCCGUGCUGGGUGGUAACAGCUGCACACUGCAUGGAGUUCUACGACAGUUCGUACUCAGUUGUUCUCGGGGAACACAACAACCGGGUGGACGAGGGCACGGAGCAGCGGUUCGACGUGGAGAGGUCCUGGUCCCACCCGCUCUACGACGCCGACUCAACCGAUAACGACAUCGCGCUGCUGAAGCUGAGGCGGCAGAACGGGAGGUGCGCGGAGACCAACCAGUUCGUGACCCUGGCGUGUCUGCCCGACUCAGCGGAACAGUUCCCGGACGGACACGUGUGUCACAUCAGCGGCUGGGGAAACACAGACCCCGAUCGCCCCAACAAUCCUGCCACCCUAAUGAAGGCCAAGGUCCCUCUCCUGCCCGAGGCCACCUGCCGCCGUGGCUAUGGCGACAAGCUGACCAAUCAGAUGUUCUGUGCGGGGUACAUGAGAGGAGGAGUCGACACCUGCCAGGGAGACUCAGGCGGCCCGCUGGUGUGCGAGAGUGGCGGGAAGUGGACGCUGUGGGGCGUGACGUCAUGGGGGUACGGCUGCGCCCAGCCCAACUUCCCCGGCAUCUACGCGCGCGUCUCAGAGUACACCAACUGGAUCAACAACCUCAUGCGCAACAACGCUUAGAACGCCUCAGCCUUGGAACAGAUCCUUAACAAUGUCUUAGAUAAUGGAGGAGAUGCUUAGCAAUGUCUUAGAUGCUGGGUUUGGUGCUUAACAAUGACUUGGAUGAUGAGAUGACCCUUACAAUGCCUUAGAUGAUGGGUUAGGUCCUCAUGCGCAACAACCUUUAGAACGUCACAACCUUGAAACGGUUGCUUAGCAAUGUCUUAGGUGAUGGAGGAGAUCCUUAGCCUGAUGUCUUAGAUGAUGAGACGACCAUAAACGCUGACUUGUAUGAUAAAAAAGACCCUUGAAAAUGUCUUGUAUGAUGGCAAAGACCCUUAAGUAUGUCUUAGAUGAUGAACAAGACGCUUAACUAUGUCUUAGAUGAUGGAUUACGUUCUUAACAAUGUCUUGUUGAUGGGCAAGACCCAAAAUAAAUGUCAGAUAAUGGAGAAGACCCUUAAUAAUGUCUUAAGAAUGAAGCUCAUCCCUAAUUUUUGUGGGAACCUUAGCUGUUGCUACAGAUUCUUAAGAAAGUUUGAAAGAUUAGAGCACACACUUAAAAUAUCUUAAAUGUUGGGAAAGCUGAUUGUGAAGAAUGUCUUAGCUGCUUGAACAUAUGCUUAAGAAAGUCUUAGAUGUUUGAGCAGAACAUUAAGUUUUAAGAAUGCGUUAACUGUGUGGAAGUUCAUCUUGAAAGUCUUCUGGAAAGAACUGUGAACAGAGGCAUAAAAUGUUGCAAUAGAUCCUUUUAAUUCACAGCGAUUUUGAUUCCUGCAUUCUGCUGCUGGUAUGAAGGAUUCUGCUGAUAGACAAAAAUCUGAGAUACAUCAUAUCUACAAUGAACAGCAAAAUAUUAUCAUUAUGAUCAAUGUUUUGGUCUUAUGCCAGUCAAUAUAUACAGUUAUAAUGAAUUUAAUCUAAACAGACUUUCUCACAUGGCUUAAAAAUAAGAUUUUAUGGAAUGACAAUCACAUUUCAAUAGCGUUUCAUUAUUUUCUUUGGAUACCUGAAUCAUGAUCAUUACCUAAAUUAUUUUCACUUCAUAUCUAGAAAAUG